AUGAAAUAUUGCAUAUUACUGUUCUAUCUAGCUUUUGUAGCAUCAUCAUUUAAAGUGAAUAGAGAUGAUCAAUUCAUCUUAGAUUCUGACGGUUUAAGACGGGUAUUCCAUGGGUAAUCCUUAUAUUCAUACUUAGUGUAAAUGUAGUUUACAAAUUGCCCCCAUAUUAUCCACCAGUAUCGGAAGGAUUUGAUUCCAAUGAUUCACUCUCCGAUUUUGAUUUGGACAAUUUAGUCUCUUGGGGCAUGACCUUCAUAAGAUUGCAUGUGGCAUGGGAGGGAGUUGAACCAGUUCGAGGAUAAUACAAUUUCACCUAUUUAGAGGAAAUCGACAAAAUAGUAAAGAGAUGUGAGGCCAAAGGAGUAACAGUAUUACUAGACUCCCAUUAAGAUGUAUUGAAUAGAUUCUUCUGUGGAAAUGGAUUCCCUGAUUGGACAAUAGCUAGAAUUAAGUCAAAAGAAUUUAGAUUCCCUUAUCCUUACAUUUUCUCCAAGAUGCACACCGAUGAGGAAGGAGUCCCUCUGAUUGAAGAUUGUUUGAAGAAGAAGUUCCUUCUUUAUUAUGUAACAGCAGAGGCUUCCAAAACAUUCUAAAAUCUUUUUGACAAUAAAGAUGGAAUAGCUGAUGCUUUUGCUGAAUACUGGGGAGUAGUUGCUAAUUACUUUAAAAAUCAUAAGAAUGUCAUUGGAUAUGAAAUUACAGUUUAUAUAUUAAUUCAAGUACAAAGUAAUUGGAAUUGA